AUGCCAGCCCAUGCCAGCGCAUCGGUCGGCAACGUGUUGUUUGCGACACUUGUCGCUGCCUCCUUGACGCACGGCAUCGGUUCAGUCGGCCACUUCAAAAGCUGGUGGACGCUCUCCGCAUUUGGCCAGAACUGGGACGCCGAGGGUUUCUGCAUCGCGCACAAGGGCACCGUGUUUGACUCUCACCUCCUUAGCUUGUACGGACAGAUUGUUCUCGCGGCGGUCCUCUACGUCGCAGCUAGCAAGUCGUCGGCCACCGGCCGAACCGAGCUCGCCGUGGUGAGUGGACACGCUGAGUCGGUGCUCAGCCAUGGUUUCGGACACGGCUUCAUCUACCUCAUCGCAGAUGAGCGCGGGGGUCUAUCGCGCGAGCAACCGCUCGUGACAGCGGUGACGCCGCUACUCAUUGCCGCCGCACUGCUCUUGAUCUCAGUUUUCUUCUUCUGGAACCUCUUGCAGCGCACCAGCUUCCCGCCGUUGCUACGCGCUGCGCAGGCGAUCGUCGCCGCGUUCGUCAUCCCCACCAUGCUCCCCACCAUCAUGGUUUUUGGCAUCACUGGGGCGGUAAUCUUUGGCAAUCUCCAUCUCGAUCUGUUGUGUCACGGGCGCGCCAGCGACGGAGCACAGACAGCUCAAACCUCGCGAAAUCUCUCGACCUUUCACCCCGUCUCCAAUAUGUUGCCUAUGGCGGAGUACCAGCGCAAGCUGCUGCAGCAGAAGCAGGCCGAGGAGCCCCUGUGGUCGGAGACCGUGCAGGCGCUGGACCGGGAGAAGGCCGCGCACGCGCAGACCCCCGAGGGCGAGCAGGCGGCCGCAUACGAGCAGCAGGUGCUGGACGUGCUCGCCCAGACCCACCCCGAGCACCACGCCGCCAUGCGCCGCCGCCUCACGCCCGAGCAGGAGCAGGAGCACGCCGAGCUGCUCGCCCUGCGCCGGCGCACGCCCGAGCAGGAGCGGGCCAACGCCAAGGCCGCGGCCGAGAUCACCCGCACCGCCGCCCGGAUGGCCCAGGCCUCUGAUGCCGACAGGGAGCCCGCCAAAAUCAGCGUGGCUGGGCCCUACUCUGGCAACGUCCACUGGGACGUCUUCGACGGCCAGCUGAUCGAGCAGGCGCUGCAGCACACGCUCCUGAUCGACCUCGAGUACCCGGUGCUGCUCGGCCGCCACGGCGGCGUGCUCCCCUGCGGUCUGCAGCACGUGCCGCCCGCCGCCCUCAUCACCCCGGCCAACCUGUGGCGAGUCAAGCUGUGGAACAAGAGGCGCACCAAGCAAUCGGUUGGGGUUGUGGUGUGGUCGUACCCGUGGCUGGACUGGUUCCACCCGGACCGCAACGGGGCGCAGCUGGGCCGCCUGCUGCCGUUCCUCGAGUCGGUGCUGGCCGAGGCCAAGCGCGACUCGCCGUACUGCACGGUGGCGGUGGUCAUUGACUAUCAGUGCCUCUUUCAAAAGCCGUUUGCGUCGGAGGCCGAGAAGAGGCUGUUCACCCGGUCGUUGAUGAACGUGAACCUGUGGUACUAUCACCCGCGCACGUACGUGGUGCUGGUCACGCCCGGGCCGCCCGAGGGGGCCGAGUACGGCAACACGCGGCUGCACAAGCAGAGGGGCUGGUGCUACUUCGAGCUGGCCGCCUCCAUGGUGGUCAAGAGGGGUCAUUGCCUGCUCGACUUUGGGGGGUACCAGGGGGCGGCCUCCUUCUGCGGCGACGGAGAGGAUGGCUACGAACCUCUGCCCAACACGUGCCUGGGCGAGAUGGUGGCGGGGCGGCGGCCGCCGAUGAGCCCGGCGGUGAUGGGGGAGCGGAUGCGGGCGGGGGUGGAGGACGGGACGCUGGCGUUCACGGCCAAGGCGGACAUGGAGACGGUGAUCCAGCAGUACGAGGCGGGGCUGGUCGCAGCCAUCAACCGCAUCGCCGCGAAGGAGUCGAGCCGCUCCCUCAGCUUCCAGAGACUGGGGUGGGGCGACGCCGAGGCGGCCGAGCUGCGCGAGACGCUCCGGUGGGCGGCGGCGCACUGCGACUUCCCGCGCGGGGAGGUCAAAGUGAAGACCUCCCGCGGCAACCAGAUCUCCGACGGGAUGAAGGCCGAGCUCAGGAACGACGCGCAGCUCGAGGGCAAGUUCUUUUUGAGACGCCAUUCUAUUUGUAAGGAUGCCAUCCUAUAA